CACUGUUACUCCCCACCUUCGUGCAUUUAAUUUUGGACGAUAAGAAAGCGACCUUCAGCCUUAGGCAACAGGCUGUAUCCGAUCAGCAGGUUAAAGUUGCGGCCACCGCAAGAAAUCUGAGAAAAUGUGGCAAGACAAUCAUCAUGAUGUCUUCAAGAAUCAUCGUUUUGUUAUUCGCAGCAGCUUUGUCGUCACUUGUUUCCUCGUACGGCUUCACCGACACCCUCACCUUUAACCAAACCCUCAAUGAUGGGGAGUUCUUGUCCUCAAAGGCGGCGUCUUUUGUUCUUGGAUUCUUCUCCCCUGAGAAAUCUUCCGGCAAGAGAUAUGUCGGAGUUUGGUUCAAGCAAAUCCCGGAUCAAACCGUUGUUUGGGUCGCUAACAGAGACAACCCCGUCAACGGCACGACGGGAAUCCUCUUCAUCGACGCCGCCGGGAAUCUGGUUAUCCAGGAGAAUCGAACCGGCGUCUCCGUCUGGAACACCAGUCUUUCUUUUCCGGCGAAGGGUAAGAGAGUAAUUUACGCUGCUCAGUUGCUGGACACCGGGAAUCUGGUCCUGUAUCGCGACGACCCGAACAGGCGGGUCGGAUCGUGGCAGAGUUUCGAUUACCCGACGAACGUCUUGCUCCCCCACAUGAAGUUCGGCGUUGACAGGAGAACCGGGUUGAACCGGCACCUGACGUCGUGGAAGUCGCCGGAGGAUCCCGGGUCGGGUCAGUACGAAUUUAAAAUGGAGCUGAACGGGACGCCCCAGGCGUUUCUGUACCGGGGUUCGGACCCGGUUUGGAGAACCGGGUCGUGGAGCGGAGCCGGGUGGAGCGGGGUGCCCGAGAUGUCGUCAAAUUACAUAUUUAACCUCGACUACUCGGAUAAUAACGAUGAGGUCACGAUGAGUUAUUGGAUCCGGGACCCGACAAUACACUCCAUAUUCGUUCUAAACGAGUCGGGCACGGUGAACCGGAUGACGUGGCAGGGAGACGACGUGAAGAAAUGGGUCAAGUUCUGGUCCGCCCCGAGGGACGCGUGCGACGCGUACGACCACUGCGGCGCGUUCGGCUACUGCAACACCGAAAACCCGACGGCGUUCGAGUGCGGUUGUCUCCCCGGAUUCCAGCCGGUCUCCGGGAGAGAGUGGUACCUGAGAGACGGCGUCCACGGCUGCCGGAGGAACAACACGGAGGUGUGCGGGAAGGGGGAAGGGUUCGUGGCGAUGGCGCACGUGAAGAUACCGGACACAAACACGGCGCGCGUGAACCGGAGCGUGGGGCCGGGAGAGUGCGAGGGGAUUUGCCGGAAGAACUGUUCGUGCAACGGGUACGCGGUUGCUAACGUCAGCGCGGGAAGUGGGUGCGUCACUUGGUAUGGGCCAUUGUUAGACAUCAGACAGUUCCCAAAGGGAGGACAAGAUUUUUACAUUCGACUCUCUGCAUCUGAUUUGUUAGGACAACAUGUGAAGAAAGCUAAAGGGCUUCACGGGAAGAGGCUCGUUGAGGCAUUUGUUUUGCCUGUUGCUGCUGUGGUUCUUGCACUAUGUGCUUUCAUGAUAAAACAAAGGAAAGGCAAAAUCUUUCAAAGAACACUUACGGACAACACAAGCAGUACUAGUUUAAAGUCUCCUGAUUGGUCUACUUUGGGAAAAGAUAUGAACGAAACUGGAGAGACGGAUUUGGUAAUGUAUGAUCUCAGUGCAAUCAAAACCGCGACGGAUAACUUUUCUGAUGCCAACAAACUCGGUGAAGGCGGAUUUGGUUCUGUUUACAAGGGAAAGCUUCAGAAUGGAGUGGUGGUAGCGGUCAAAAGGCUGUCAAGAAAUUCAGGGCAAGGGAUUGUUGAGUUCAAGAAUGAAGUGACACUUAUUGCAAGGCUACAACAUAGAAAUCUUGUGAGGCUCUUAGGGUGUUGCAUUCAACAAGGAGAGAAAGUGUUGGUCUACGAGUACUUGCCCAACAAAAGCUUGGAUAGUUUUAUAUUCGAUAAGACAAAUGGAACAUCUCUGAAGUGGAGGGAACGCUUUGAAAUCAUUUUGGGAAUCGCCCGAGGAUUGUUAUACCUUCACCAAGAUUCUAGGUUAAAAAUCAUCCAUAGAGAUUUAAAAGCCAGCAAUGUUUUGUUAGAUGCUGCCAUGCAACCGAAAAUUUCUGAUUUUGGAAUGGCAAGAAUUUUCGGAGGAGAUCAAAUUGAAGCGAAUACGAAUCGUGUAGUCGGGACAUAUGGUUAUAUGUCGCCAGAAUACGCAAUGGAAGGUCACUUUUCAGUAAAAUCUGAUGUCUUCAGCUUUGGCGUUAUGUUAUUGGAAAUUGUGAGCGGGAGGAAGAAUAAGAAUCAAUUGAAGGAAGACUCUUUGAAUUUAGUAGGAGAUGUUUGGGAUUUGUGGAGCGAAGAAAGACCAUUGGAUAUAGCCGAUCCAUCAUUGGGGGUAGCGUAUAAUAGCCGAGAAGCUUUGAGGUGCGUCCAUGUGGGGUUGUUGUGUGUCCAGGCAUUCCCAAAUGACAGACCAAGCAUGUCCCAAGUGGUUUUCAUGCUAAGUAAUGAAACAGCUCUCCCUGUUCCUAAUCCACCGGGAUUUGUUUUCAAACUACCUGGGAAUGUUCCUCCAUGUUCUUCGUCAUUAAGUGCUGGGACUGGGAACCAGACUGUUAAUGAUGUUUCCAUUACAAGACUUGAAGGUCGUUAAACACCAUUAUGGCAAUUGUUAAUGUGUGUGGAUGAGUACGUGUGACUAAUUAAGUUAGAUUGGUAAUAUGUCUGAAUCUGUGAUGUGUUUAUUAAUGUAUGCAUAUAGGAAAUUUAGGUUUAUGAUAUGUUCGGUAUAUGCAUUUGGGAUUUUGGUUAAAGGUGAAGAAGAAGAAUAUGCAAAAUGAGUAAAGUUGAGAUGUUUUUAACAUCUUUACGAGCUCUCCUGUGUCACAUAUUCAUGACUCAUCUUUUUAACUUUUAAGUUUGUCAUUUGAGUGACAAUAUCAUUUCUUAUACUAUAAAAGCUAAACUUUGUU